GAUGGAGUUGGGGGAUGUGUCCUAUCUGACAGAGGAGUGUCUUCUACAGGCCACGCCCACCUGCCUUGGGUGCUUCAUCGAGACCCGGGACCCUGCCCCUAUCCAUGACCCCACUCCUAUCCAUGACCCCGGCCCCACGACUCCCGACCUUGACCGCGAGGUGGGGCUGGUAAGCCACCAGGACUUGGAGGCCACUUCCUGCCCUAUCUCUGACAUCAGCAGCAUCAAUAUGCCAUGUCUGAGCCAGGCUGGAGAGGUCAUGAAGGUCCUCGAGGAGCCGCUCCUGUCAGACCAGCUUCUCAGCUUCUCCAUGACCAAAACCUGCCACGCCACCGCCCUCGCUACCGCUAACGACAAGACAGGAGACAACAGAGAGAAGAGAGAGGCAGAGGAUCCCACGACCAAGAAUCUGUAUGAGGGCCUCCUAUUGGACAAAGUGAAUGUGGAGGAAAUGCUGCUAUUGGACAAGGUCCCCGGGGAGGAAGUGUUGCUAUUGGACAAAGUGAACGGGGAGGAGGUGCUGCUAUUGGACAAGGUCCCCGGGGAGGAAGUGUUGCUAUUGGACAAAGUGAACGGGGAGGGGGUGCUGCUAUUGGACAAGGUCCCCGGGGAGGAAGUGUUGCUAUUGGACAAGGUGAACAGAGAGGAGGUCCUCUUAUUGGACAAAGUGAAAGUGGAGGAGGUGCUGCUAUCGGACAAGGUCAGCAGUGAGGAGGUCCUUCUGGCCAAUGCGGGUCAGGACUGGGGUUACUUCGAGUCGUUUAUCAGUGAGUCCAAGAUGGAGCUGUUGGACCUGUGUUCUAAGACCGACCUGUCAGUCAACCUGUUCUCCGAGGACGACGUUGACAACCUGUUUGACGACGACGACGAGGACUCAGCUCUGAGCAGCGACAUGUGUUCUCUAAAGAUCCGCUACGAAUCCUUCCAGGACAACAUGAGAGAGAAGACCAACGUUCUGCAGGAGGACACACAGUUUAACUUCUUCCCCUCUGUCCUGGUCAACUGUGCCAAGAGGGAGGAUGGAGGAGGAGGAAGGGGGAGGAGGACAAGGGAGGAGGGUAAAGCUGAGGAGCUGAGCCUAGUGGUGGGGGAGGAGGGUGGGAAGGUGGGGGAUGAGGGGGGAGGUGUUAGCCCCCUAGUGGGGUCUCAGGGGUCCCAGGGUUCACCCCUCUCCUCCCCCUCCUCUGUCAACUACCUGCUGGAGUUCAGAAACCCUGCCGAGGAGUACGCGGAGUACAGCGACGACUCCUCCUGCACCUUCUCGGACACCCUGCAGGAGUCGCAGCAGGAGGCGCAGCCGGGCCAGAGGAGGGGAGGAGGAGGAGGAGGAAGUGUGCCCCAGGGUUCCAGGAGACUCCUCAGCCCCUCUAAUCCUCUGAACUACGGCCUGCGCUCCAAAAGGAAGGUCCGCUACAGUGACGACUACCUAUACGAAGUCGACUCCAUCGGCAGCCACGAGAAGACCGAGAGAAUCGCCAUGGAGAAGAGAGAGAAGGUUCCGGCGGGACAGAGGGAGGAGGAUGUGGACUGGUGCCCCAAGAAGAGAUGGAAAUUCUCCCAGAAUGAGCCGCCAGUCAUCAUCAAGUACAUAAUCAUCAACCGCUUCAAAGGGCAGAGACACAUGUCUGUGAAUCUGGGCAGGCUGGACCCUGCCGGGGACGCUGCCGUGAGCCUGGACGCCGCCGCGGAGAGCCACUACUCCUCUCUGUCUCCACUGAAAGACUUCUGGCAGGAGAGGAGGAGGGAGGAGCAGCUGCGGCUGGCGUCCAGAGAUAAACAGCAUCUGAACAGGCGCCGUCACCGCCAACGCCCUUUUAGUUCCAUGCACCCCAAACGGAAAUACAAGAUAGCCAACAGGCUGUGUGUCCAGAGGAUCCCCCAGACAGACGAGGGAUCAGCAGCAGCACAGGACUUGGGUUCUACCCCCUCUGUCUCUGAUCAGGCUGUUACUACAGAGGAGGGGGGAGGGGGAAGAGCAACGUUAGAACCACAGAACAUCACACACACCGGAACAGCCAAGAGGAGCCGCACCCAGGAGAGAGAGGAGAGGGAUGGGAGGAGGAUGGGAGGAGGGAAAACAGGGAGGAUAAGAAAAUUCAAGAGCCAAGCCAGGCUGAGCAGUAACAAGACAAUGAAAGAGGGAGGAGCAGGUAGAAGAGCGGAGGGGGGGAGCGUGAUGAAUGGAGCGGCGGAUGCCUGUACUGCUGCUGAUGCUGGGGUGUUAACCAACCAGGAGCCUGCUGGCAGCAUAAGAGUGGCAGACAUCAGCUCUAACACACCCAGUCCCACUUUCUCCUCCCUGGAUCCCACCAACCAGCAGACAUUCCCCUUCACCUCCUCCUCCUGCGUCUCCUCCUCUUGCUCCUCUGACCAAGCUGUACCUUCUGGGGAGAGGGAGGAAGGGGUGUCAGUGAUCCCAGGGGGGUACCUGCAGACCCUACUAGAUGCCUCAGACUCCUCCAGAGGGGCAGGUAUCACCUACUACCCCCAGCAGCCUCCCAGCCAGCACUAUCCCCUGGGUCUCUCUCUAGAGGAGAAACAGACCCCCAGCCAGCACUAUCCCCUGGGUCUCUCUCUAGAGGAGAAACAGACCCCCAGGCAGAACUAUCCCCUGGGUCUCUCUCUAGAGGAGAAACAGUUUGCCUCCCUGCAGCUAGUCCAGAGCUGUGUCCUCUCCCCUCCCUCCGAGCCAGAGCUCCAACAAUCCCACCAAAACUGUCCCAGCUUCCCCCCCUCCAUGUGGAACCACCAGCCCCAUCUCUGCCCCAGCUACCCCCACAGCCAGGGGGGCUUCGGCCCCAACACCACUCUCCUCUCCAGCGGGUUCCUGCCCUUGUCGGACGGCCUGCCUGGGUCUCGGUCAGGGUCUGGGUCGGACUACAGCCAGCAGGGAUCAGAGACUGACAGACUGCUGUACGAGAAGAGUUACCUUGUAGAGGAUGACGGGAUGGGGCUGCAGCCAGGGUCGGGGGUGGAGCUACAGGAGCUGCAGGUGUGUCAGUCAGUUGUCGGUCUGGGGCAGGUGCAGUACCAGAGAGGCUCUCUCUGUUCAGACCAUGGAUGUCUAAUCAGCUAUGACUCUGUGGGCUCCUUGUCUGCCUGCUCCUCCAAUUAUAGCUCUCAGAGCCUCCAGUCCUGCAGCUGUAGGGAACAGCGUGAGGUAGGAGGGGAGACGGAGGAGAGGAGAGACAGCUACCUGCAGCACUGCAGCCCCACGGUGUUGUUCCAAGAGAGCCUGGAGAACAUGGGUCACCCCAUCACCCCCCUCAGAGAGUCCUCAGACCUCCUCGACAUCUCCAACUUCACACCCGACAAGUUCAGACACUCCUCCCUGUCCGAGCUGUCGCCCCCGGAGACCCCCAACCUCUCCCCCCAGGUGACGGUGUGGGAGAUGAGGACAGGAGGCAAAGCCCCGGAGUACCAGGAUCAUGUGACAGGAUGUGACAUCAGCAGGGAGGCGAAGUGGAACUGUGACAUCAUGCAGCAGGCGGAGCAACACGGGGUGGAGGGGCGGCAGUUCCAGAUUCACCCCUCAUUCAACGGAGAGGGGGAGGAGCAGGGGGGAAAGAACACCCGCUCUAAGAGGAAAGCAGGUUAUAAACAGGCUACAGCAGGGGGACAGCAGGGGCCUAAGAAAGGCCGGGCCCCCAGAGCAUCCAAGACAGAGAAGGUGAAGAUGCCUAGACAGAGCCGCUCCUCUACGAAGAUCAAAGCCAUGCUGGAGGGGAUGGCUGCCAAGGGCCAGGCGCAGGCAGGGGGGAACCUUCAGCCCCACAGCCACGGUAGCACUGGGGACUGGUCUGGUAGCAGCACCGGGCCUAGGGGCUGGUCGGAAGGGAACACCAGCCUGGGGGAAGGGGAGGAGCAGCACGAGUUUGAGGAGCCAUCUAACAUCCUCUCCAACAUUGUGUCCGGCAUGGCGGAGGUCCAGAGGUUCAUGAUGGAGUCCAUGGAGCCUCUGUGGGACCCGCUGGAGGGCGGCCUGACGCCUGACGCCAACAGCCUCAACAUGAAGACCCUCCACAUCCUCCAGGGGAGGGGGGGCAAGAAGGGAGCAGGCUCCGUGGGGGUCGGACGGGGCAGGAAGGCCAAGUGCAAGGUGGGAAAGAACCAGGCAAAGUUUAACACCUCCCACCCCAUCUUCCCCCAGCUCGCUCUGGGCUGCAACAUGUUCGACAAACCCAUCUCUAUUAGCCCAGGCCCCGCGCACAAAAAACUGUAUCGUCACAAGACCAGUGCCAAGUUCCCAAACAUGGAGACUGUGAAGGGCAAGCGAGGGGGAGCGGAGAGGAACCCAAACAAGGACUUGGCUCUCAUGGCCUCUUUUGAGAAACUGAGGCAGAAUAUGGCCAUCUUGUUGUCGCUGUCCGUCAGAUAGACACUGCCUGGCUCAGUUCAAGAGGAAAAACUACAACUCCCCCCAUAACACCCCUCUCUCUUCUGAGCCCCUCCCCUUGUAUAAACCCAAGACAUCUUCAACACAAGAUGGGACCAUUUUUGUAUCGAUUACAUAUCAAAUUAGCAUUUUGUCUUAAUUUUCUUAUUUUUGUUUGGAAUGAGCUUGUAAUUCUCCUGUCCUUUACUGUUUAGUUUCUCCUGGAGUUUUAAAAAGGAGCUGGUCAUUCUAAAGAGACAUUUAUAGAUGUUCACAGUGCUCCGUCCACUAUCAGAGUAUUUUUGUCUAUGUUGUUGUACAGCUCCAUGCACUAUCUGCAAAAGAAAAUCAUAUUUAUUUUAAUCUUCAAAAUCAAUGUGCCAAAAGGUAAAGAUGACCUCUUAUAUAUGCUGAACAAAAAUAUAAACGCAACAUGCAAUAAUUUCAAAUAUUUUACUGAGUUACAGUUCAAAUAAGGAAAUCAGUCAAUUGAAAUCGAUUCAUCAGGCCCUAAUCUAUGGAUUUCUCAUGACUGGGCAGGGGCGCCACCAUGGAUGGGCCUGGGAAGGCAUAGGCCCACCCACUUUGGAGCCAUGCCCAGCCAAUCAGAAUAAGAUUAUCCCACAGAAGGGUUGUAUGAUCCCCACAGACAUCUGUGGCAUUUUGUUGUGUGAACUGCACAUUUUAGGGUGGCCUUUUAUUGUCCCCAGCACAAGGUGCACCUGUGUAAUGAUCAUGCUAUUUAAUCAGCUUCUUGAUAUGCCACAACUGUCAGGUGGAUGGAUUAUUUUGGCAAAGGAGAAAUGCUCACUGUCAGGGAUGUAAACAAAUGUGUGCACAAAAUGUAGAGUAAUAAGCUUUUUUGUGCGUAUGGAAAAUUUCUGGGAUCUUUUAUUUCAGCUCAUGAAACAUGGGAUCAACACUUUACAUGUUGCAUUUAUAUUUUUGCUCAGUGUAGAAUACAGAGACUAUAGAGUAUAGAUAUAUAGAAUACAGAAACUAUAGAGUAUAGAUGUAUAGAAUACAGAGCGGAUAUUGGCUGUUUAGUUUUCUUUAUCCAUUGUGUAUAUCAAAUGCUCUGGUUGCUGGCUGCUCACAGAGGUAAUCAUGUCAGACAGACAGCAGAGUGCUUCAUUCCAUUGUCAUGUAUCAGGACGUUCAAGGUGUUGUACUACUGACAGCAGUGAGUAGCGCUGCAGCCAUGCAUCGAUGCAGAGGGCAUGACCUCAUCACAUUACACUGGCACCUUUUAAGUUGGUAAAAAAAAAACUGGGAUAUACACUAGUAGAAAUCAAUGAAAGCAUUUCCAGCAGCUACGACUCCUAUUGCCAUUCCAUAUGACAUGUUAAAGGGGGUCAGCUCCACUUCAUUCUACCGUUCCAUAUGACAUGUUAAAGGGGGUCAGCUCCACUUCAUUCUACCAUUUCAUAUGAGAUGUUAAAGGGGGUCAGCACCACUUCAUUCUACCAUUCCAUAUGACAUGUUAAAGGGGGUCAGCUCCACUUCAUUCUACCAUUCCAUAUGAGAUGUUAAAGGGGGUCCGCACCACUUCAGUCUACCAUUCCAUAUGACAUGUUAAAGGGGGUCAGCUCCACUUCAUUCUACCAUUCCAUAUGACAUGUUAAAGGGGGUCAGCUCCACUUCAUUCUACCAUUCCAUAUGAGAUGUUAAAGGGGGUCCGCACCACUUCAGUCUACCAUUCCAUAUGACAUGUUAAAGGGGGUCAGCUCCACUUCAUUCUACCAUUCCAUAUGAGAUGUUAAAGGGGGUCAGCUCCACUUCAUUCUACCAUUCCAUUUGAGAUGUUAAAGGGGGUCUGCUCCACUUCAUUCUACCAUUCCAUAUGAGAUGUUAAAGGGGGUCAGCAACACUUCAUUCUACCAUUUAUUACAUUAUGUUGCGUUGUAUUUGACUCUUAAACAUUCUCAGACACUGGAUGAGUCCUAAAUGGCACGCUAUUCCCUAUAUAGCCCAAUGGCCCUGGUCAAAAGUAGUGCACUAUAUAAGUAUUAGGUUGUAAUCACAUAUAGUUACCUCCACUUCACUGUCAGAUAUAAACCUUGGAGCUUUUUAUUUGUGUACAUGUAUUGAAAGCAGUAACUCCCCUCAGUGUGCUCUGAACAUUUCAGAACUGCACGACCAAUCUUAUUGUUUAAAUAGCUUCUGAAGUUUCAUAAUUGAAUGUUUGUUAAUGGUAAAAUAUGGCAGGGUGUUUUUCCAUUUCCUGAAAGUUUCUGUUUUGGAGAUAAGAGGUUUUCAUUCAUUGGACAGCAAUGUGCUAUGCCAGAGAGAUGGGAUUUAUUUCUGACAUAUGAGCUCUUUGCUGAGUCUGUUAGUAGUGAGAUCAGAUCACUUCCUUCCUGUCACAGUGAUCACGUUAUCAGGUUGUCACGCCCUGACCAUAGAGAGCCUUUUUUAUUCUCUAUUUUGGUUAGGUCGGGGUGUGACUUGGGGGGGUGUUCCUAUCUAGGUUGUCUAGUUCUAUGUUGGCCUGGUAUGGUUCCCAAUCAGAGGCAGCUGUUUAUCAUUGUCUCUGAUUGGGGAUCAUAUUUAGGCAGCCAUUUCCCCACUGGUUUUUGUGGGAUCUUGUUUCUGUGUAGUUGCCUUGAGCUUCACGUAUCGUUUAUUCUUUUAUUGUUUUUUGUUUGGUUCUCUGAUAAUAAAAAGAUGUUGAACCGAU